GAUUGCGAAUUAAACAAUUUUUAUGCCAAUACAAAUCGAUUAUUACAUUUUUGGUUGAAAUCAUAUUUUAAUGAUAGGAUAUAGAACACGGAAAGAAUAUUUUAUAGUUAUGGUAGUAUACUAAAAACGUAAUUUCGGUUGGCCCAACUAUAUAGUUUUUUCCGUGAAAUGGUUCAGUGAUUUACAUAAAUUCUAUAAUAUUUAUUCUGUAUAUUUUUGUUUCAACUUUAAACGUAGUAGGUUUUACAGCACUCAUUGAAUUUUAGUUUUCACACUCAUAGGUUUGGUUUAUUAUUCAUUAAAUUAGCUACAAAUAUCAACUAAAACAUGUUUAUAAUAAAGGAGUUUAUUUGUUUAAUACUAAUUUUUAAAAAAAUUGAAAUUACUUUGACGCAACUUAGACUGAUGGGACCCUAUUGGUUAGAUAUCAAAGAAUACAAAAGAUGUAACUCAAGCAUUGACUACCCAAUUCAAUUCAAUUUGUUUCCUCGUAUAACCACCAAAUAUUCUCAAAUAUUGUUUGGCAAUAUCACAUUAAAACAGCCAUUAGACGAUUCACUUAGUAUUCAUAUGUUAUCGGAAAAAUAUGAUUCUGUUGGUCUAUGGAAAGAAAACUCUUUAGUAAAUGUAAAAAAUGCAUGUUCUUCAAUGAAAUCUGGAAUGUUCGGAGAGAAAUCAUGGAAAUAUUUUGUUAAUAUUUUUCAAAUUCCAACUAUAAAUUGUCCUUUGCCUAAGGGACAUUACAUUUCAAGGGGAUAUGAUUCAGCAACAUUUAAAGACAGUAAUUUUCCAAAAUCAUUUUUUUAUGGAAAGUACUCUUUUCGGACACAUUUACUUGACAACAAAAAUAAUUUGAUUAGUUGCACAAUAGUGUCAUUAGAAUUUAAACCUUUUUCUUAAAGUUAUUUUUAAGCACAUAUUUGAAAUAUAAGUACUUACAAAUUUUUAGUUGUAUUAUCAUAAGUAAUUGAUAGAAUAAUUUAAAAUACAAUUAAUUCAAACAUUUAUAAUU